ACCGAUCACAGGCUUCCAAACGUUACAGUAGCUUCAUAACAUGGGUCUUUGCUCUCUUGGCUGUAUUCUACCUAGUCCACAUCCAUUCAGCCAUGAAUCGUAUUCAGCACUCAGAGAGGACUCAUCACACCAUUCCAGGCUCGCAGUACGUGCUCCCCUCUGACGAACUCGAGCGACAAAGGUUGAACUUACAACACCAAGUAAUACGGCAAGCACUUGGUGGAGCACUUCUGUUUCCCUGUAUUCGUCUCUCGGCCAAUGAUCAAGUUCUGGAUUCUGGCACUGGUACAGGCAUCUGGCUUUUGGAACUUGCACCUCAGUUACCGCCUACCAUACAGCUCCACGGUGUAGAUAUCAUAACGCGACUUUAUCCCACCUCAUAUCCUAGCAACAUCAAGUUCUCCGUUGAGAAUAUUACUCGUCUUCCGUCGUCUUGGAAUAACACCUUUGCUCUGGUCAAUCAAAGGCUCCUGUUGGCUGCCCUACGCAAAGUGGAAUGGCCGGUUGCGAUCAGCGAGAUGUACAGAGUUAUCACCCCCGGAGGUUGGGUUCAACUUUGUGAGACUGGCUCCUGGCGCGCUGGUCCGUUCACCGCUCGGUUUCAAUCAUUGAUGCGAACCUUGCUCGAUUCCAAGGGUUUAUUUAUGGACUGUUAUAAAGCAAUGCCUCUGAUGCUCAGGAAUGCAGGCUUUGCUGAUGUUCGCGUUGAAGUGAUUCAAUUAUCGCUAUGCGGCUUGGAAGGCCGCGAUGACCGAAAAAAUAUGUGUAACGUCUUUCGGGGAAUGAAGACCCCGAUCUUGAAUGUCGGCGGCUUCGGCUUUGUAAAUUCUGAAGCAGAAUUUGAUGCCUUGGUAAAUGGGGUCGAAGAUGAGAUGGAGAAGACUGCCAGCGCCCAAAAAGAAUACUUCUUGUUUUGUGCUCGGAAGCCUUCAUUGUAAAAUGAUGAAGGUCGAGCCGUAUUGUAUGACUAUCUGUCCGGGCUUUUAUCCCCUACACAAGCUGGCGUUGAUCGUCAUUAAACCUUCAUGCAAACCUCAACUGUUGGCUGGCGGCCCAACCGGUCCUUGGCCCCUGUCAGGCGCUGAAAUGAGCAUUCUGACGCGUC